AUGAUUAUCCUGCUUGCAGCCUUUAUAAUAGUUAAGAUUAACAAAAAAAGUUUUUUAAUUUCAACUCCAAUAAAACUUUUUCGUUCGAAGGCGCAAGUAUCAUGUGUGGCUGAUAAUCCGCACUGCUUGCCCAACACGGCGCAGGACUACCUGUUGUCGGUGCGGCCAGAGGAAGGCACGGACAAGUACGUAAUAACGCCCGCGGAGCACUCGCUAAACACCCAGUAUAAUGUGAAGAAGCUGUGGAUCAUCGUGAAGGACCUGCCCGACAAGUCAUACGCACUACACGAAAAUGACAUCAUAAAACUGGGAAGAUUCAGAUUGAAGGUGAGGCAAUUUAUCGAUUCCGUGGAUACAUUAAACUCGUUAAAGUUAGACGACUGCCCCUCGAAGAAAUGCGAAUCAAUUUUAGACUCCUCAAAUAUUCAGUGUAGAAUUUGUUUGAUAGAAGGCAACCAAGAAAAUGACCCCCUGAUAUGCCCAUGUGAUUGCAAAGGGUCCAUAAAAUAUGCCCACCUCAUGUGCUUAAGAAAAUGGAUAAACGGCAGACUAAAUCUCAACGAUCAAUUAUUUUCCGGUUCAGUUUUCAUCAAAGAUAUAUGUUGCGAAUUGUGCAAAACCAAGUACCCAAAAAGCAUUAAACAAAAUGAUGAGCAAGUACAGCUAGUGAAGAUUCCCAAUUUGAAGACACCACUAAUUGUAUUGGACAACAUCAUAGGGCAGACCAGCAAGGGAGUGCAUCUAAUCAGUUUUGCAGAUAAGAAGUAUCUCAAGUUAGGAAGGGGACACGAAUCAGAUGUAAGAAUUCCAGAUGUCUCCAUUUCGAGAUACCACGCUACUAUUAAAUAUGAAAAGGGAUUAUUCAAAUUGGAAGACCACAACUCUAAAUUUGGGACGUUAGUAGCUUUGAGGAAAGCAAGAGAAAUCUGCCCCAAAGAUACCAUGUCACUCCAGGUAGGUAGAAGCGUUGUCAAUUUUCGAGUCGAUGAAGAAAUUCCCUUUAAAAGUGGAACGAUCGAUAUUAUUGAAAAUAAGGAAGUAAUAGAUACGAAUGAAUUACCUCCGGCAAAUGAUAAAAAUAAUGCCAACCCACCACAAAUUAGUAACCCUAAUAUGGAGGAAGCGAACAGAAAUAAUUUUGAGACUAACCAUUUUGUAGACCUCACCAACUCUGCCAACCCCAUGCAGAAUUCCUAUUCAUCCUAUAGAGUGGACAAUUUGAUGUCCCUACUGAAUUAUCAAAAUGAGUAUCGAAUUUUCGGCAUCAGAAAUUGCUACAAUUUGAUUGACAACAGGAAUGGGGGCCAACAAAAUGGGGGCCAACAAAAUGGGGGCCAACAAAAUGGGGGUCAGCAAAAUGGGGGCGAACAAAACGAGGGUCAACAAACUGGGGGACAGCAAAAUGUGGCUCAGAUGGACUGCGCCGGGGGGAAUAACGUCCCCAUGGAGGAGAGCAACCUUCACGGAGGAGAGAGCAAUAACAAUGAUGAGAUGAUUGGUCAGCAGAUGGGCGUACAAAUGGACUUACCCAUGGGUGUACAGAUGGAUCUACAAAUGGGUGUACAGAUGGGCGUUCAUAUGGGCGUACAAAUGGACCUGCAGAUGGGGGUACAGCAUGGCGACCUGGGCAACCCUGGCAAUGAGGAGGAGAGGGCCUGCAACGUAGUCCAUAGGGUGCAGUGCGACGGGGGCAACAACGACCCCAGUAAUGACAGCCACAACGGGGGUAAUAAUGACAAUAAUGGAGAAGACAAUGAUGAGGGAAAUGACGAAGAGAAUGACGAAGAGCAUGAAGAAGACAAUGACGGUGUGAACAGUAACGAUGAAGAGGGAGACGACCUGCACGUGCAUGAGGAGGACGACGACGAUGAUGAGCACGGAAGCGGCACGAACAACACCGGAAGCAGCGGGGGGAACAGUGGCGGCACCAGCGGAGGGGGAUCCACCGGCGGAAACAGUAACGGAAAUGAAGGAAGCGGAAACGAACAUGCAAAGAAAAACAGCAACCAGAGUAGCAACCACAGCAGCAACCAUAGCAGCAACGAUCACAAUGAUUGCAACCAAGGCCAAAGUAGUAACUACCAGGGGAGCACCGUCCACCGAGUAGGAGCCAGCGCCCCCAGGGGCAACACCAAAAUGGGUAGCAGUGGCGGUAGCAGUGGUAGUGGCAAUGGAAGUGGCAUUUGCAGUUAUGAUAACGUUCUACAAAAUGACAAACGCGUGAGCAACAUCUGUGCCGACCGAGCCAGACCCAACAGAAAUGAAGUCGGCGCGUACUGCGCGAACAUGGCUGUGCAGAGAGCCGUCCAAAACGGAAGCCCUGAGAAUCUCAACGACAAUUGCAAAGGCGCCGUAUCGGUAGUGAUGAGUAAAUACGACAAGGUAAGUUUCAUCCCCAGUGGUAGCAGCGACGAUAGCGGCAACUACCCGAACGGAGACAACGCGGGGGAUUACGCAAAGGUAAGUAUCGAAGAUAACUACUUCUUCCCCAACGAGUCGAAGACCCCCCAACAGGUGGACCACUGCAUAAACAGGGGAACCGCCAAUGACAUGCUCACGCCCAACACCACCACAAGUUUGAGGAAAAUUCAAGACGCAGUAAUGAGCAGCGGCUACCAUAGUAAGGAACCUAAUGCGUGUGCCUUUUUCCAGUCGGUCUAUCACAUCAACGGUAAGAACGAUCACAGUGUUAUCGACGUUAUGUAUGGCGGUUCCGACGAGGGGGUAAACCAUAACGGCGCGUAUCUCAGCGAAGCUCAUUUGAAAAGUAAAAAAUUUCCUCAGAGCGCGUCCGUCCAGAGUCACGACAAGGGGGCAGUCAGUAGUGGUAGCAGCAGCAGCGGUAGUAGUGGUAUGCAGCCGUCCCAUAAUUUGUUACACGAAGCAAGCGAACUGAGUAACGGCCCUAGUUAUAAUUCCCCCAUGACCGCUUUCCCUAGCUUUGUCCACUUGAACAACUGCUCUAUCAAUUUUGAAAACGCCAUGUUGCCUAAGUUCGUUGGGAGCUCCUCUACCUUUGCUCAUAACCUGGGUGACAAUCAGCUGAGUGGUGUUAUGGCUGGUGAUAAGUUAAACAGCAGUGGGUGUUACCACGCUAGUGGUAGCUCUGCCGGAGUGCAGGACGAGGGACCCAUCGUAAAGACCCACCCGCAGAUGCACAGCGGCAGCAACGAUCCAGCCACCACCUCCGAAGGAAAAGAGCUUAUCCUGAAAAAUAAAACGAAAAAAGGAAAUGCGCAGAAGAAAAAUGCUAUCCUAGAUACCCUAGACAAAAAAAAUGCACGUAAUAAGAAGUUGAAAAGGUCGGUAAAUAGCACCCACGUGGAGACCAUUCCACAGCAGCAUGUGGAAUAUAGCAGUAGGAAUAACAAUUUCGGGGACCCAUGCAAUGAUGGGAGUGUAGACGGAGGGAGCGUCCAGGCGGAAGGCACUUUCCAUGACGAACAAUUCGCCGUGUCAAAAUAUGUGAAAAAAGACUUUUUGAAAAAUGGCUCACCGUCUCGGGGCACCUCUGGGCAACUGUCAUUCAGCGCAACUUUGGACUCCGCUUCCCCCAGCGGGGGGAGGCACCAUUACUACUACAGGAAGAAACAGCCUUACCAUGAGGAGCCCCUUUAUAACGAAAAGUUUUACUACGAGAGCGCGGAAGAUUACAAGUUCGGCAGUGCCAAGGGAAGUUACAACAAGAGGAGCGAUCUGGGCAGUGCGGAGAACGACCGAAGCAGCAACGGGGGCAGUUCCACUCACAGGAGAGGCAGCGGUAGCGACGGGAACACCGGGGGCGACACCCAGGUUGGAAGCAGCGCAGGUAGCGGCAGCAGAGGUAGCCACAGCAACGGGGGCAAGUUCCACCUGAAGCAGUACUCCCAAAGCCUCGACCACUAUCACGGCAAUUACAGCCUCUACAACGUGGUCAAUUUUAAUGACAAAUUUAGUGCCCAUAGGAACCCCUCCUUUAACCACUUCAGCACAAUCAACUGCGUAAGUGACAAAUUCAGCUACCACCCCCGGGGUGCGGUCAUGCGAAGUGGAAAUAUCGAGGCGGGUUUUCUUUUAAAUAACUACGGCGUGGGUGCACCUCCCACCCACUUUGACGUGCCCGUAGCGUUGUACAACAGCUGUGUGAGUGGCUCCGGCGUCUUCUUUGUCAACACCGAGAAGGGAGUGAGCGGCGGCAGUAGUGGAAGUAACUGCGUUGGAAGCAACUGCAUUGGAAGCAACUGCAUUGGAAGCAGCUGCAGUGGCACCGCCAACCAACAGAAUGGCAUCCAUAACGGGGAUAACGGCAAAGCACGAAGUGACUACCCUGUUGAGGCUAUCCAGAAUUAUGAGGAAUACAUCAAUGAGUGUCGAAAGGGGAAAAACGGAGAACAAGCCCCAACCGAUAAUCCCACCAGCAACGUCGAAACGCAGUUGCGUUAUGAUAGUAAUAGUAACAUCGCGGGGGAUUAUAACUUCCAUUUGGCAAAGGCCUACAGGGAGGAUGUUCUCCGAAGCGGCGCGGGAAAGGAAGCCUUCUACGGGGUGUACAGCUACGGGUCAGGUGAAAUGAUCCAAACGCCCCAAACGAUUCAGCCGAAUGGUCACCCACAGAGUAGUAACCUUUUAGACCAAAGCGGCAGCACCCUUUCUAUGACAAGCAUGGAUUUCUUUUCGAAGAAAAAAAGCCUCAACAAUGAAGGCAAUCUUCACUGCAGUAGUGGGAGCGGCAAUAAGGGUGUAGACGACCCGCACGUGUAUACACAGCCGAGACACUCAUACUACCACGCCCAGCUACAUAAGAAGAUCAACCCAAGUGUUAAAAAAAAUGACGAAAAGAAGACCAGCAAAAUGAACAAAAAUCAAAAUGACAGAUCGAGUGAUAGUAACAUCAGGAAGGUGAAAAAUGGAAGAAGACUGAGGAACAAAAAUGACAGAAGUGGUGACCACUGCGAUGGGUUUCAAAAAACGUCAAGCAUAAACAGUGUAGGGUCGAAGAGCGCCCUUGAAAGUAGCACACGGUGUGACCAGAAAGGGCCACUCCAUUACAAUAAUAGUGCCUACCACGAGGAUACCAUUUCGAUUGAUAACAUCUCCAAUGAGCAUAUAGGAUUUCUGGACACUGCCAUGAAUAGCAAUCAUCUUCGGGAGGAGGCAAACUUUACCAAAUUUCAGAGAGGAGAAUUUGCCAACUUGCACGCAGCCGCGUUCAUGCCAAAUGACGGGAUGUACUUUCACAUGUACAAUGGAAGCGCCAUUUCGGGGCACCCCAAUGUAACCCUAAACAUUAUCAAUAAUCAUAAGACCCUGAGUGAGGAUAACAUCUACCGGAAGGAAGAACGGGUGGUGUGA